GAUUAUUACAAAAAAGACGUGAAUAAAACGAAUCCACUCGGGUUCGGUGGACGUUUAGCCGAGGCGUUUGCUGAGUUUAUGAAACAGAUGUGGAGUGGUAUGAAUGGUGCAAUUGAACCGACCAAGAUUAAGGAAUUGGUUGCUGAAAAAGCGCCACAAUUCGCGAAUUUCGCACAGCACGAUGCGCACGAGUUCUUGAGUUUUCUAAUCGAUGGACUGCACGAAGAUUUGAAUCGUGUGAAAACAAAACCGUAUACGAGUACAGUGGAAGCGAAUGGAAGAGCUGAUAUUGAGGUGUCGAAUGAGGCAUGGAAAAAUUAUUUGUUGAGAAACGAUUCGUUGUUCGUGGAUCUGUUUCAUGGACAACUGAAAUCACGAUUGCAAUGUCCUCAAUGUCAUCAGGUGUCGAUCACGUUCGAUCCGUUCCUCUAUCUAGCCGUGCCGUUCCCGAAAGAGAAACGUUCAUCGAGUAUUUAUUUCUGGCCGAUUGACACCUGUCUGAAACCUGUGAAGGUCUGUUUCAUCAGUUAA